CUUCCGAAUACCGAACCAACAGAAAUUGAAGAUGUAAUCAAAAUGAUCGAGGUAAUAAAUAAAUAAUCAUAUAACAACUAGCAGUGUUCUUUGUCAUGGAUAUGAAUUUCAAACAGUACUAUCAACCAACUAACUUAACUACUGAUAUUCAUAACACAAACGAUAGUAAUCAAUAUACAGAAAAUGAGCAAACAGAAUUCGACAGGUCAAGAACAAAUGUGAUUGUUUCAAAUCAUAUUAAAGAAUAUGUUCCUAGUACUAUAAUUUCUUCAACUGUAUCAAGUUCACCUAUUAUUCUUAAUCAAACCUGUAAUAGUAAUUAUGAUACUAUUAAUAAUAACACUGUAACUAAAAUGACACCGGUUACAAAUUUUCCACGUAAUACUACAACAAAUCCAAUAUUCAAUUUUGGCGAAAUUCAACAAGACGUUCAGGGAAUUGGGGUAGUCGUACUGGUACUAAAAAAUCAUUUGUAUGGAAAUAUUUUUUUCAUCCCGAAUUAAAUUUGGGUACUAAAGAUUUAACUCAUACACAAUGUAUUCUAUGUGAUAGUUUAUUAGCAUUUAAUAAUUCCGGUACAACAACCACUAUGUUAAAUCAUUUAAAAAGUCGUCAUGGUGAGAUUGUCCAACAAGAAUAUCAGCAAUCUAAAAAAUCACGUUGUGGUUUAUUGACAUUAAAAGAAAUGAACAAAAUGACUAAAUUAAAUUAUAAUUUAACAAGUAGUAAUACAAAAUCAAUUGACUGGUCAAAUAAUUUGAUUACAUCAACAUCAGAAUCAUUAAAAUCAUCAUCAUCAGGACCACCGGUACCAAUGACACUAUCCUAUACAAAUGAACACAAUAAUCCAACUUUAUUAUCAAGGCGUACACAUCGUGGACGUCCACCUGGUUCAUAUAGACAUCUUGAUUAUUCAAUGGCAAAUCGUAAAUUCAAUCAAAUUAUUAACAAUAAUAACUAUCCAGUGAAAAUUAAUAAUUCCACUAUCAAUAAAUGUGGAGAAAAAGAAGGAGUCAAAGAAAACGAAGAAAUAAAUCAAUUACAAACACAAAUUAAGGUUAACGCUUGUAGCCCAUUAUACAAAUUAGGUAAUGAAAAGUGUACAAAUUCAUCCAAUUUCUUAUGGUCAAUACCAAAUAUGUUUACUACAUUAAAUAAUACACAAUUAUAUAAUACUACAUUACCAUUAAUAAAUAAUGAAUUAUUAAAUUCCAAUGAUAGUACUAUUAAUCAACCAAUAAUAUCUUCAUCUAAUUUAAACAAUCAUCAUCAUCAUAAUAUACAAACUUCAAAUUUAUCUAAUGAAUUAUUGAAUGAAUUAUUUAAUUCAAUAAAUCCUAUAUCAAAUAUACAAUUGAAUUUGACAAAAUUAACUAAUUUAUAUAUAAAUGAAUAUUAUAAACAUAUUAAUCAACAAUUAUUGAUUAAUAAUAAUAAUGAAAAUUUUAAUCAAUCAAUAUUUAAUAAUUAUUUAAAUGAUACAUUAAAACAACAAAAUUUUAUUCAUAAUAAUGAAUUACAAUUGAAUAAUUUAAAUAUCAAUUCAUUACCUAUAACAGAUUUCUCAAUUAAAUCUUAUCAAUCAUUAUUCAUCGAUACAAAUGAACCGCUUGAUUUAAGUUUAUCUACAUAUAAACAAAAAUUGAACAAGAAAAAUUAG